CGGUCGAUCCUGAAUCUCAGUCGAUGAUGUGAUGGGACGGACAGGGCGGAUGAUCAAUCUGGCAGCCGGUACGGAGUAUUGUUCUGGUGUACUGUAACGACCAGGUACCUACGGAUAGCUGGUAGCGAUUUCGUUUGCUUGACAUCGGACAGACAGAUGUCCGAGAGGAUAGUAAAGAAGACAAAGCUAACGUCGAAGAAAGUUCAGUCGGAGAAAGCUAUUGCUGCGCGAGACAUGUCGAAGCUCUCGCCGUCGCUCAAAGCGCUCAUCAACGCGCCGUUUGCCCGCCCGGGGCAGGCGGCGGCACCGCGGCACAUCCGUGACAUCUACGCCCGCAUCGCACACGAGGCACGCGAGCGCAAGUAUGGCGAGCGGCCGUGGGUGACACUCUCGGCAGCAGCAACAUUCACCCUCAACUCCCCCUCCUCGCUGCUCAUCCUGCACGACCUGGCCUCCUCCUCCUCCUCUUCAACCAAUCUCUCCCCGCUACGCACCGCCGAAUUGAUCCGCGAAAUCGGGCUCAAAUGCAUCUCCUUCAACGGCAUCCCGCGCACAAUCAACUGCCUCGGCGCCUUCAAAGCCGGGCUGGACCCUUCCCUGGCCUCGCAGCUGACCACGACCCCGUCGCGCCACCUCACGCCGGACAACAUCGCCUCCGUGACAGAACACGGCCGCGAUCUGUGGGCCAGCAUCUACACCCCCUUCGACGAGAAGCUCGAGGCCAAGCUGGCCGAUAGCCACCCGGACUUGCCGGUGCAUAUCCUGGGUUGUCACUACGGGCCGCUGCUGGCUGAUCCGCCUGCCAGGAAUGCUCAGCGGCGGCAAGGAAGCGGGUUGGGGGCGGUGGGGCGGAACUUGACGAGUGUGGUUGCUGUUGCGUGCUUGAGGGCGCAGACCGGGGUUGGGCCGCAGGUGUUGAGCCAUGUGUUUGGGUUGAGGAAGGGGGUGGAGCAGGGGUUGCAUCGGGAGGAGUUUGUGGGUGUGGAGGAUGGGGAGGCGGAGGCGGAGGGGGUCGAGAGGUUGGCCGGGGACGAGGGGUGCGAGUGGUUGUUGAGGAGCGUGGAUGCGAUUGCCGAGGCGGUUGGGAGUAGCUAUGCGAGAUGGGACGGUGAGGGUGGGAAGGGGGGCAGGGAGUCGAAGUUGUAGGGGUGUGUCAAUAGGUAUAGGUACUAAACCUGGAAACAUAAGGUACAGGUAACUAGAAGGGGAGGUGAGAUCGGGUGUACAUAACGUAGUACAUACUUGCAUGGGAAUCAUG